AUGCGGUUCUCAACUGUACUCCCUCUGUUUGCUGUGGCUGCCUUUGCGCAGAACAGCUCGUCUCUUGGACCUGACAAGGACGGCAAGUACACGAUCUCGUCUGAGGGUAUCCGUGGUCACUUUAUCCCAUAUGGCGCGUCCAUUUCCAAUCUGUUCGUCAAGGGCAAGGAUGGUGUUGAGCGCGAUAUCGUUCUCGGUUUCGACAACGCGACUGCAUACGAGGGUGAGGUUCAUCCCCAUUUUGGUGGUGUGCCCGGUCGUUACGCCAAUCGUAUUCGAAACUCUACCUUUUCCAUUGACGGCGAGACCUUCCACAUCGAGCCGAAUGAGAACAACAAUAACGACACUCUCCACGGUGGACCAGAUGGAUGGGACUACCGCAACUUCACCGUUGUGUCGCAGACCCAAGAGUCCAUCACCUUUUCUAUUGUCGAUCCCGACGGCAAGGAAGGCUUCCCUGGUGAGGUCGUGAGCUACGUCACCUACACCAUGACCCCAUACACCUGGAACAUCAAGAUUGUGGCUCUUGCUACCACCAAGAAGACACCCAUCAUGCUGACUUCCCACACUUACUGGAAUUUGGAUGGAUUCGGCAACCCUGAUGAUGAGACCGCGCUAAACCACACUUUCCACAUCCCCUACUCGGGCCAACGUAUGGAUGUGGAUAAUAUUCUCAUCCCUACCGGCACUAUCCUUCCUAACGAGCAAUACUCAGUCAACGACUUCUGGUCGGCUCCCAAGCAGAUCGGCGCCAACCUGACUGCGCCCGAGCUUCUUGGCAACUGCGGCUUCAACUGCACUGGUUACGAUAACUGCUACCUUGUCAACCGCAACCAAGCUGAGACUCUGGACUGGCGCAACUCCGGCCCUGUCGCUUCUUUGUCUAGUGAGUGGUCUGGUAUCAAGCUCGACAUUUACUCCGACCAAGAGGCUUUCCAGAUGUACAGCUGCCCCGGCCAAGAUGGUACCAUUCCCAUCAAGUCUACUCAAGGCGCUGAGGGAGGUAGUGGAUUGGUCCCCAAGUAUGGCUGCAUUGUCAUGGAGGUCCAGGACUGGAUCGACGCUAUCAACCACCCUGAAUGGAUGCGUGAAGACAGGCAGAUUUUCGGCCCCGCUAGCCCAGCUUACACGCUCGAGGCGGACUACUCACAGAGGGCCGCCAGUGAUACAGCACCCCCAACACCUACCAUGGACCCCAUACGGUACACAAGGUUUGAUUUCGAGCCCUGUACACCUUUUCCGACUUAUCAGCGAAAAUUCCCGAAUAUCCACGACAAUCACCAGCCCAACACACCUGAAAAGAGCAGAACCAUUCGCGGCAUUGGUAUCACCCGCGCUAUCGAGGCGGGAAAGAGGUUAAAGCGCUUUGUAGGAACAGCAGAGCCGGCCCCUUUUGUUACUCCGCCUGCGAUCCCGAAAGACCUAGAGCGAGAGUUUGUUGCCGGGAUGAAAGAGUACGGCUCGGACCACAGGAUGCAAAGUAUGGGGUUAGAUGUGCUCAGUCAGGCCGCAAGUAUGCAAGAACGCCUGCCGGAGUUAGGAGAAGAGCACGAGAGUCCGGUAAAGGCUACAUGGACUUCAACUCAGUCUGGCCAACAAACUUUUGGCUCCUCGCCACCUCGCAUGACGUCUCAAGGCCCUGCAGCCAAUUCAGUGUCAUCAGAUGGACCUCAACCUGCGCGCGCGUCGUAUGAUACACCUUCUCUCGCCGCUUUCAAAAAGCAAAUGGAGGCAUUUGAAGAACAGCAUGUGCCAGCGUACUCUAAUGCAAAUCCCAACGUGGGUAGCGAUGGCAUCGAGGCAAGCGGUUCAAGACAUGCGUACAAGUACAACACUGGGUCAGAAAGUCUCUCCAGUCAGAAGGGUACAUCUCGUAUCAAGCCUCUUUUCCCUUCUCGCGUCGGUGCACAGUCUUGGGACGAGGGCAAGGGCAUUUCACAGCAACAUAUGGUACCAUGUCAACCUACUCCAGCAGCUAGUUCCUCGCGAGACAGCGCAUGUUUCGAGAACUUGUUCCGUCAACCACCUACAUUUAGCGUACCUUACAUUGUCGUUCAAUCUCCGUCGCCAACUAAACUUGCGCCGUCCAAGAAGCGCUUGGCACCUCAAGCAGGAGACGAGUUGUUCCGGCCAGACGUCAAAGACAUCCGCUCAAACAAUAAGAAGGCUACCGGUCUGCCAACCUUGCCCGCAUCAUCCUCAGCUUUGUGGGAAGUCAAUUUCCCAGGCUAUACCCCCGCCCUACUCACCAUCCUCCUGACCUGGUCGCACGCAAUGCAUUCCUUCUACCGGCGCCUUCCUGACCCGAAGACCUUCUCUAUCCAUGCCGCUUUUCCACGCCGCAUUACUCCACCAGCCUACAACCGCCUUAUCUCCGUCGGUUUCUACGACACUAGCUUCAUUCCACACAAGGAGAUCCGGUUCCUGGGCCCAGGCGAUAUGGCUGAAAUUGGCUAUGCAGAAAUUGAUAUCUUCCGCAGUAAGGAAGAAGUUGUCGCUUUCAACGCGCAGGCGCAAGAACAUCCUUCAAAGGCACAGGCUAUGAAACGGAGAUUGGGCAUCGGAUCCAAACAUGGAGAGCGAAAAAGAACAUUGGGAGUAUAUCGGGAUCAGAUACAUCUUGCGGAUAGUGGAGAAGGACGAUGGGCGUAUGUUCUUAUCAAAGAACAUGCGAAUUCAGAAGAGGAAACUGCGCCGCACGUCAUGCUCGCGUGGCACCUUUCCGCUGUUACCGACACAUCGACUUGUCUCCACACCGUCUUUCCCGACAACCAUGAACCUAUUCUCAGCAAACCACCUGCGACGCCUGCACCACCUGAGCAGCCGCUAAGACGCUUGGCCUCUCUACAGAACCUCAUCAGCCCGAGCCAUGGCCAGAAGCAUCUCCAUCGUGAAAUUCGCUCUGUCUCGAGCAGUGCAGGUUCAACGGAAGUAGAGGAAUCGAGCAUCCUGCCACAGGAGGGUGCGCAGACGCUGAAGAGAACGGUUGUGAAAUUGGAAAAGGCGGGGAGUAUACCACUUAUUGAGGGAUAUCGAGUUGAUCUGAAAGAGUUCAGGGGUUGGUUGGAUGCGGUGAGCAAGGGAGAAGGGAAGGUCAUCGUUUGGAGGGAGUCGCCGCCUCUGAUCUCACUUGCGUAG